AUGCGAGCGUUGCUCAAACGGUUGGACAUAAAAGCAGGCAUCACAACGGCGUACCAUCCUCAAGCCGAUGGCCAGACAGAGCGCAAGAACAAGGACGUCAGCACGUACUUGCGCAUGUUUGUGAACAAACGUCAGCGUGACUGGCCAGACCUGCUACCCACGGCCGAGUUUGUGUUGAACAGUCGUGUAUCCAGUGCGACAGGUUAUAGUCCGUUUGAGUUACUAUACGGCUAUCAACCUAAGUUCAGCAUCUCGCCCGGGCAACCGUCCAAGAUACCAGCAGUGGACCAGCGUCUCAAACGCCUAGCGGAGUCUCGGAAGGACGCAGAAGCAGCUUUACGAAUGUCUAAGGAACGCAUGGUGGAGUCCUACAAAGACCCACGCGUCAGGCCUAAAGCAUUCAAAGAGGGCGACAAAGUCUGGCUAGACGCCAAGUACUACCGUGUUAAGGUUCCUGCAAAGAAGCUUGGACCUAAGCGCCUCGGUCCGUUCACCGUAAAAGAACGGAUUGGAGAACACGUGUAUCGUCUAGAAUUGCCACCCUCUUACAAGCUGCAUGAUACGUUCCAUUAUGAGAAACUCUCCUUGUGCACGGAGACGGAUCAAUAUGGCCGCUAUCCGGAACCAGAGCCGUUAGAAGUUGACGGCGAGCUCGAAUACGAAGUAGAUAAGAUCCUUGACUCCAAGAUCGACAGACGAUACAAGGAUAAGCUUAUCUACCUAGUACGCUGGAAGGGCUAUGGUCAGGAGCACGACUCGUGGGAACCACUAGCCAACGUUGCCAACGCAAGGAAAGAAGUCGCAAAAUUCCAUAAGGACAACCCGCAAGCUCCUAGGAAAAUCAGCGCGGCUUUAUUCAAUGCUAUCCCUUGGCAACGGCUGGAGAAUCUCACCGAGGGGGCCACGACUCCGUACGCAUGGGCGGCUGGGAAACGGGGACCUUAG